UCGGCAACUCAAAUUAUCUGUCACGCUCUGUUACACCAACAUUCUACGCCUCGUAAUCUUGUACCUUGAGGUACCACACAUUAGAUCAAAAUCAGUUUCGAUUCGAGAUUUCUGUGUUUUUUUUUUCCUGCAUGCGGAUUCCGGAGAUGAUGAAGCGCCGGCUCCGCCGCGGCGAGGCGGUGGAGUCCGCGACCACGACGUCGUCAUCUGCUGCUGCCGCAGAGCCGGUGGAGUGGGAGAUGCGGCCAGGAGGAAUGCUGGUGCAGAAGAGGAGCGAAAGCGCUCUUGUAGACUUGGCGACGCCGAAUCUGCGGAUUAGAGUCGUGUACGGAGCUGUUUCGGUUCAGAUCUCGGCCAAUGCGGAAUCAACUUUCGGCGAGCUGAAGAAGCUUCUCACGGCGGAGACGGGACUGCAGCCGGCGGAGCAGCGGCUUAUCUUCAGAGGAAAAGAGAGGGAAAAUGGGGAGUAUUUAGACACGUGUGGAGUCAAAGAUAGAUCAAAAGUCGUCUUAAUCGACGAUCCAGAAAGCAAGGAGCGGCGGAUGGUCGAGAUGCGGCGGAAGGCCAAGAUCGAGACGAUCCAACGGCUGCUAGACCACGUGUCCACGGAGAUAGAUAGGCUCGUGGAGCAGGUAGAUGUAAUAGAGAAAUCAAUUGCAAAUGGGAAAAGAGUAGCAGAGCUGCAGAUCACAACGUUGAUCGAAAUGCUGAUGCAACAAGCUGUGAAAUUGGAUAACAUUCCAGCUGCUGUUGAUGUAUGUGCACACAAAGACUCACAAGGAGAAAGAGUGCAGAAAUGUGUUGAGAAACUGGAUGUUCUCAAGGUACUAAACGCGAAGCAGAAAGUACCACCUUCAGUUGUGGCAUCUAAAUGGGAAACAUUUGAACCAUCAAACCAGUGGGAACUCUUUGAUUGAUUGAUAAUUAGUUGUUUCCUAGUGAUUAUUAACUCCAAUUUAUUUGGUGAGUAUGUUUGUGUGUGUGAUAUACAUUCCUUCGAUGUUUGAUCAUAUGCUUCCAUAAUCAAAAUUUCUGCCAAGGGCUUCAUCUUCUAAA